AUGGUAAUAGUGUUAAUGUAUGUAAGUAGUGGAAAUGCAAAAUCGCAUGAUUAUGGCGAUGCCCUCUCAAAAAGCUUGCUAUUUUUUGAGGGGCAAAGGUCAGGGAAGCUUCCCUCCACGCAGCGUAUGACAUGGCGAAAGGACUCGGCUCUUCGUGAUGGUUCCGACAAGGGUGUGGACCUAAGCGGUGGAUACUACGACGCGGGGGACAACGUGAAGUUCAACUUCCCGAUGGCAUUCACGAUAACGAUGAUGGCGUGGGGUGUGAUGGAACAAGGGAAGUCCAUGGGCACGGAGCUGCCACAUGCACUGGAGGCGGUGCGGUGGGCGACGGACUAUUUCCUGAAAUGCACUGCCGCCGCCCCCACCAUCAUUUACGCCCAAGUCGGAGACCCCUUCGGCGACCACAACUGCUGGCAAAGGCCGGAAGACAUGGACACUCCCAGAACGGUCUACGCGGUCACUCCCGACAAGCCGGGGUCCGAAGUCGCUGCAGAGACCGCUGCGGCGCUGGCUGCCGCGUCUUUGGCGUUUAGGGAUUUUGGGGAUGAGGCGUACGGCAAGGUGCUUUUGGAAAGGGCUGUUAAGGUAUUUGAGUUUGCAGACAAGUAUAGAGGGACUUACAAUGACAGUAUUGGUGAAGGAGCAUGUCCUUUUUAUUGUGAUUACAGUGGCUACCAAGAUGAGUUGUUGUGGGGCGCAGCAUGGCUAUACAAAGCCACCAAUGAGGUGUAUUAUUGGAAUUAUGUGAAGGAAAACAUCAUAACCUUCAAAGCCCAGAUCGAAGGAGCCAAUUUCGAAUUCGGUUGGGAUUCUAAACAUGCUGGAAUCAGUGUUCUUGUCUCCAAUGUAAGUUUCAUGAUGCAGUGGGUGCUUAAUAACAGCACCGAAGCUUCUACAACACCUUUCCUCUCCUAUGCAGACUCAUUUAUGUGUUCUCUUAUGCCCGAAUCUCCCACCAAAACCUUCCAAUUCACUCCUGGUGGGCUUUUGAUGAAAGAAGGAAACUGCGAUUUGCAACAAGUCACCUCCAUCUCAUUUCUUGUAUUAGCCUACAAUAAUUACUUAAAGAAUUCUACACAUGUGAUCCGAUGCAACGACAAAAUUAUCAAUCAAACCCAACUCGUGAAUUUCACAAAAAACCAGGUGGAUUAUAUACUCGGAAGCAACCCAUUGAAUAUAUCUUACAUGGUGGGGUACGGCGAUAAGUUUCCGAGGAGGAUACACCACCGGGGUUCGUCAAUACCAUCGUUGGAUCAACAUCCCGACCACAUAGCAUGCAAGGAAGGGACGCCUUAUUUCCAGAGCACGGCCUCCAACCCUAACGAGCUCACAGGGGCCGUAGUCAGAGGGCCGGAGAUAGAUGACUCUUUUGCUGACGCUCGCGCCAACUCCUCCAAAUCGGAGCCCGCCACUUAUAUCACGUCACCGCUUGUUGGAUUAUUGGCUUAUUUUUCCGAGGUCUCCGCUCACUAGCUAUUUGUGUUCAAAUAAUAUAUAGUUGUCUGUCGGUGAAUCCGCCGGUAAACUUUUUUUCUUUUUUUCCUCCUUUUUAAGCAAUGUCGACUUUUGUUUGAUACCGAUAGAUACUCUUUAUGUAGCACCCAAAAAAUGUGGUGUAAAGUGGUGUACAAGAUUUUGUGUACCAUAUAUUAAAAGAUGCA